AAACGGGGGAAAUGGUUGAUCAUUAAAUUCUUUAUUUUUAUUUGUUCAAAAAAUUAAAAAGAAAGGAACAAAAUGAGAGGUCCUUGUUUAAUCCUAUUAAUUUUCAUUCAACGCGUCGUUUACAUUUGUAUCCUUCUCGACAGGAUUUCAUUCGGUCAUAGUCAAAAUACUUACGCACGACAAGGAUUGGGUCGUGUUCAACCCACUGUCAUAAUACCUAAUCAAGGAAUAGUUGCUGGCAAAGAGGUGACUAUAGGUAGAGGUCAAAAGGUGAUACAAUAUCUUGGCAUACCUUAUGCUCAACCUCCGACAGGACAAUUACGUUUUUCCAUACCGGUAACGGAUCCUCUUCCAUCAUGGGACGGAAUACGAAACGCUAGUGAAUAUGGUCCAUCGUGUCAGCAGGUAUCAAAUCGUUUGAAACUGCAUGAGAAGCUUUACGCACGAUUAUUACCACCUGACCAACCUGAUCCUGGUAUGAGCGAGGAUUGUUUGUUUCUAAACAUUUUUGUACCCGAUGCCAAACCACGUCCAACCGAAGGAUGGCCAGUAAUGGUUUGGUUUCACAGUGGUGACUUUAAUACAGGAACUCCAAAAAUUUGGGACGCUUCAAUUUUCGUCACGAAACAAAAGGUAGUGGUGGUAACAGUGGCGUAUCGUUUGAACAUUCUCGGAUUCUUCACAACGACGGACGGGGAAGCACCAGGCAAUUAUGGUAUGUUCGAUCAAAUAGCGGCAUUGGAUUGGAUAAAGGGAAAUAUCGAACGAUUCGAAGGUUCGCCAACGGACGUGACAAUAUACGGUCACAGUUCAGGUGCCAUAUGCGUAGGCUUACACAUGAUGAGUCCACUUAGUAGAGGAAAAUUUUCUAAAGCUAUAGCAAUGAGUGGGGAUGCCAUUGGAUCGGUAGGUUCAGCACAAACUGAGCUACCUAUAGUCGACAUAAUAGCUGAGAAAUUUGGUUGUUAUCGUCAUCCGACAACUAAAUUAAUGGAAUGUUUACGUCGAGUAGACGUGUCAAUUUUGGUGGAACAAGCGUCGGAUAUCGAAACAUGGGGUCCGAUCGUUGACGCUGAAAUCAAUAACAGUAGCGAACCAUUUUUACCUGAACACCCAAAAUAUAUACUAACUGGUGGUAACUUCAAUGCGGUACCAUUGAUCGUUGGUUACACGAAGAACGAACAAGCAUUGGCUUAUAUUGAAUCGAUUACGACAGGUGAGUCGAGUGAUGACGGUUUAUUGUCAGAAAAAAAAUUCGAGACUAUGAUUAUCGAGGAAUCAACAGCGGCCAUUGCUAGUCCAGAAGAGAACAGUACGUGCGAAAUGAAACCGGAAAUGUUAUCAGAUGCAAUUUUAUUCUAUUAUAAACCUCAUCCACCUAACGACGAUCAAGCUUUAUUAAGGGACAAGUAUCUCGAGUUACAAAGAGACAAAAAUUUUGCCUCGGGUUUGACCCUAUUAGCCGGGGAAUUAUCCAAACAGGAAAGGUCUUACGUUUACAGAUUCGAUUAUCGUCCUAAAACUGAUUUUAUGGUACGCGACGUACCCGAAUGGGCUGGCGUACCUCACAUGUUCGAGCUACCCUUCGUUUGGGGUAUACCCUUAACAACUACGGUCCAAUGGAACCCAGCUGAUAAAAAAAUGUCCGAGGUGAUGAUGAUGAUGUUAGCUAAUUUCGCUAAAACAUCUAAUCCGUCGUUGCACAAUGUCAAAUGGAAUCCAUACACGAUCAACGAUCCUGGGAUAUUAAUUAUUGAUAGAAAUAUCGACAUGAACGAGCCAAAUGUUAUCGAUUAUAAAGCAUUCGCAUUUUGGAACGAAUACUAUCCGAAAGUUGUCGAAGAAGCUAGCAAUAAUUGUUGCAACGUCACGAGCUCCGCUACGAGAUGGAAAUAUCAUGCCGAGUUUUUCUCCAUACAAUUAUUAAUCCUAAUUGUAGUAAUAACUUUGUAUACGUAAUUGCUCUUUUGUUCCUUGUUAAACGAAGAAUACACAUCUGUUAGAUUUCUUCAAAAUUUUUAUCGAAACGGUAUGAGAACCUUCGAAAUUUCUAUUCUCCCGUUAUUGUGUAAGACUUACCUGAAAAAAAA